AUGUUUUAUUCAGAAGCAGCCGAUAUUAAUGAUCCUGAAUUAGGAAAAGAUCCAUCUAUGCCAAGAACAAAAAGAAAAUGCCCUUGGUGUGGAUAUGAUGAGGCUGUUUAUUAUUUUAAAGCUGGUCCAGAAUAAAAAAAUAUUGUUAUAUAAUAUAUUUGUAAUAGUGAAAGUUGCAAAAUAGUAAUUGUUGAUAAAAAAGAAAGAACAAGAUAUUGGACAAAAGAAGAUGAAGGAAAAAAUUUCCAUGAUUAUGAUGAGGAAGAUGAUGAUAUGGAUGUUGAUAUAUGA